CGCUUCAUUUCCCAUUCCCUUUCCCUUCUCUCUCUCUCUUGUCAAUCUUCAAUUUUCCAUGUCCAACCAUCCAUAUAGCCCAAUUAAAUAUUAUCAGCCGUUCAAGAUUUAUAUCUCCUUUCCUUUCCUUUUCCUUUUCCUUUUCCUUUUCCCUUUCCCUUUCCUUUCUUUUUCCUCUCCAACUCUCCGAUCCCCUUCCCAAACAUAUGCAUUGUGAAGCAACCUUAUCAGCCCCGAAGGAUUGGUCGCACGCAACCAGCGCAAAACCUCCAACGAAAGACAAUCAACCACUCUGCCUACCUUCCUACUCGUACAGCGAUCGUUCCAUUCGUCAUUUAAGAUCCCGUACCGCCACAUAUUAGAGCAUACUCACGGAUUUUACAGCUGUUCCAAAUACUACCACAUUAAGUCAUCUGGUCGGGGUCGCUUUCCUACAAAUUACCCUCUGCUUCGUCACAGAACGAUACCUCUUUAAUUUAUCUUCCGUCUACCAUUUCGACUUCACCUUGAUUUUGUUCAUGAUUCAUCACGAAUAUCGCGCGUAGAAGAGUGGACGCGGUAGCAAGAAGUUUAUUAAUAUGUAUUCAAACCAUUCACCACGAGAGACUGAGCUCAGUCAGCAUUUGUUUCCCAUCAUGACGACUGCUUCAACCCCAGCCACUCCCGGUCCGUCUACGCCAACGGUCACGCGAGCACCCCCGAUAGAGCAUACCAAAGUCGACGACAUCCUGAACAUCGAGAGGCCGGCAUCGACACCGUUUCCGCGACAGGAGUCUUUGGAUGGAGAGAUAGUAGAGCGACAAAUCGAGCCGGAAAUUCUAGAAUGGAGAGAACCCUCACCGAUCCAACAACAAGCUCCAGAUUCGGGUUCGCCUUUGUGCGACCUUCCGGUCGAAAUCCACGAAUGCAUUCUCGAUCACUUGUUCGGUUUCAGGGCUGCGGCUUCUGCGAGAAUCAUACCGGGAAAGUCCAAGGUGCUUCGGGGCUGGGGUACAGCGUUAAGACACUCGAGACGUCGUGAAGUCUCCGAGUUGGCUCUCGUGUCUACUCAAUGGAGAAGUCUUAUCCAAGAACGAUUAUAUAGACAUCUCAAGAUCAAGGGAACCAUGGAUUCCGUUCAGCAGUCAUUGGACUGGUUUUAUGCCCAUUCGCAUUUGUGUCGUUAUGUAAAGCACAUCGAAAUAUGGUUUCCAGUGUUUCAACAGAAGAAGCUGCCUUUCGAUCGUGUUAUGCGGAUACCCACAACUAAUCCAGACCGUUCUACCCUAAUUCGCUCACUUGCACAUCUCGGCGCAGAACCUACGAAUCCUGUCACAUACCAGACCCCAGAUAACAACUCCACCCUAUCCGAAAUCUUCCAGUUCGUUCGAAAUACUUUCCCUGAAGUCGUCAUCUUGACUCUGGAAGGUGGAGAAAGAAAGAAACCCCCUCAAGUUCAGCAAUUCCGUCCGAAUGAAACAAAGUUGCCGAAGAUCCGUACCAUUCGAACUCUGGUCUGCAAGGGGCAAUGGAACAUUAUACGUACGGAUGGAGAUUUCCAAAACAUUGCGGCAGCAUUGCCAAACCUCAAUGAGUGGCAUGGAUCUUAUGCCAAACCAAAGUCGAAGUCAUAUCUUUGCAUUGCGCAGAUUGCUCCCCGGAUACCGCAAAAUAUUACACAUCUUAACCUAUGUCUUGAGAACGACUACCGCAGAGAAACUGUAUCGCCAGCUUUCUUCAGGAAGGUUACCCAGAAGACGCAUUUUUGUGAAGAAUUGGCCAAAUCAAUUCCAACUCUCGAGCACUUGGCGUAUACUGGUAGGGUUUGUCGUGGAUUCUUUGACACAGCGACCAAAAUUUCAAACCCACGUACCUCGAGAUUGAAGAGUAUAGACUUUAUUGUCAAGAAUUGCUGCCGUCCUAAUCAGCAAUGGAACGACGGAUCUGGUAUAAGUGAUAUGUCAUUCAUCUCGGCCUUCGAAGCAUUGGUAUUAUCGAGUGCACGAUCAUUGAAGAAGCUUGCGGCUCUUGAGUACCUGAGAAUCAGAUUCAUAGACCUUGAGUCACAAAUUCCACCGCUCAACCCAUAUUUUGAACUCAAAAAUAACCAAUGCACGGGAAUAUGGAGCCCUGCAAUUGUCGAUGCAUUGGCGAGCAGUCGACCAAGUGCAUCAUUCGUAGAGAAAGCAGAAACCCUUGGUGAACUGGCUAUCAACAAGGAUGGGCAAUACAUCACGCCUACUACAUUCUCAAAAUUUCGACCACUCUCUAUAAAAGUUUCAAAUUAUCUUGCACUUUCGGGUGGCAUCACAAUUACAUAAAUGAGUGAUAUCCCAUCAUGUCAUAAAUUCGCAUUGCACAUAUGGUGGGAAAUCUUAUCUAAGGAAGGAUAUCGUCUCACUACUAGCACAUGUUCCGUCGGCGUAUAAAGGAAGGGUAUUGUAAAACAGGUAUUGAGCAGAGGACUUGGUUGAGGAUAUGGCUUUGGCAAUGGACUGGGAAUGGAACUGGGGCUAGGACUUUUUUCAACUAGCAUUGGCAGGCGUUCUCGACUCCGGUUCUGGAAGUAAAGGAAGGGUAUUUUAUAUGCAGUCGGUGGUUUCAGUUCGCAUUUCCAAAUUACAGCAAGAGAGACGUUCCUAUUUAAAUCCGUAGAGAACUGUCAGAAGAUCAUAUAUAAAAUCAUGAGAAUCA